AAUAGCACACGUACUUAACUUCUAAUAUACAUAUCUUGCACCUGUCUGAAUUAUUGAGUGCACCGUUAAAAAUUCAACGCACUUAUGUUUGCUACAAAUGCAAGAAGUCCGCGACCUACUGAUCAUAGACUGAUAUUCCUUACAUGACAGUCUGUCCAAGUAACAGAAAUUCUUGCGACUCAGGUACAGGUCCGUCCUCCUUUCUCCGCUCUUUCUUCGGUUCCCCUGUUCCUUUCGCCAACCGUCCUCUCAUCUCGUCUCUAUCUCACACUCUUUCCUUCGUUUUCCAUCUUUUUUUCAUUCACUUCCGCUCUUACCUUGAUCUGGCGUCACGCACGUCGAGGCGCGAGCAGCUAGCUCAUUUUUACUCGAGGGCAGCGUUGCUUUUGGAGCAACGGUUUCCUUCGACGGCGAAGAAAAUGUAUGCGCGUCGCGGAUGGUGGUUAUGUAGCACCAGAGGAAUUAAUCUUCGACUGACAAAGCAGACAUCCAUUCGCUACGUCUCUGUAUUAACCUAUUUACCGUUGCGUACACGAGUUUACCAUACCGCGUGGGAUUACUCAGUCUCGGUAAAGGGCAGAACGAUUUCUUGUUCUCAAUCGUAACCGCGCAUUCAUAUAAACCUCCAUAUACGUGAAUUCAAUCCUUGGCGAGUGUAAUAGAAUUUCAAGUUAGUGUGAACCAGCGAAUUUCAUUCAUAAAAGAUUCUCAAUGAAUUUUAUUCCCGUGUGAAACCAGUCGAUUCGUAGACGGUUUCUAUAAAUUUCUGUAUAUUAGUAUAUACAUAGAUCUGAUUAUCGCGAAAUGUAUUGAGGCGUAUUCGGAUCGAUCGCAAUCGUAGCUUAAUGGGACCUGAAACGGUGAACGAGACGACGGAGAAAGAGGAAUCGGAAGCGGGUUGGAUCUCGUAGAGAUUCUGGAGCCGCGAUAAGCUCGCGUGGCUGUCAAUGGAGGCACGUCGCGCUCGGGUGUGAGAGGCGCGUGCCGAAACUGGACCGGAGCGCAAUUUCCGAGGAAUCUUAUCUCCUGUUUGCAUCUUCGGUAUCGGGUUACCGAAAGGAGUGUUCACACCGCUCGCCGGGCGCCACUUGCCUCGGAAUCCUCUCUCGGUUUACGCUCGGCGAAUGCCUAAUGCCUGUUUAAGUAUUCCGUUCUUUUGUCAACUGACAGACAAAUUGACGAACCGGUUGCGGUGGGUGGGAACUGCAAUACGAUCACCUUGAAUCGGGCCAUCGUCGCUAGUUUUCGUUCUGCUUUACGAGUGCCCGUUAUUAGCAUAACGUCUCUGCUCGAUCAGGUGGGUCCGCAAAAAAAUCGAAUGACACAUUCCGAAGAAGAGAAAAUACUGUCGGGACGUUUCGCUUGAUCCAUUAUUGGUGACCAGUUUUUCAUCAAUACUUAAGCAUUAUAACGUACCAUGAGUGGUGACGAGAAUGUGCCUCUCUCGAUAUCAUUUAACAUUACAUACAAACAUUCUUUGCUACUUACAAUACUAACAACAAAAAUUGAAGUGAUAACAUGUGGUGAACCACCCUGUAUAGUGCGCAGCAUGUACGUGUGUACAUAUGCGUGUAUAUGUAAAGUAAAUUAAAGCUAAGUAGAAAGUAAUUAAGCAAAACAGGAAUGAGAGAGAGGAAAUGUGUGAGAGAGGAAUGAAAGAAAAUAACGAGUAAAUUCAGACAGUAAAUGUAAACCAAGUUCACAUUUCUUAGCUGCAACGCUGAAAUGAAGUAUAAUAAUAAUUAUUAUUAUUAUAACGUGCAAUAAAAAGUUUCAACGUCAAACGCUGAAAGUUGUUACCGCAAAUUUAAUCAAAUACGCAAAAAUCUAUUUGCCAAGGGUGGUAGAAAUAAUUUCAAGAACGGAAUUAUCUUUUUUGCUUUGAUGAAGCUAAACCGCGAGGCACGGUCCGGGCACCGUGGUUAUAUUACUACAAAUAGGUCGUAACGAAUCCGUUCCGGUGAGAGACGGAGGGGUAAAGUGGCCGAUGACCGGAGGGAAGGAGACAGAUGGGUGCGUGUGGGUCGCGUUGCUACGACGGGGCUACAAGGAAACCCUUCUACGCGGUCGGCGCCGUGGCGCCUUCGCAUCUAACCGUCCGGCGACACCGGGCCCCGCCGUACCGGACCGGACUUUGACUUCUUCUUCGACUCCGAUCCUCGCUAUUCGAUCGAAGAGCUUUCAGAGCGCGCCAAGUUUCGUGAGAAACGGAAAGAGACUCGUUCGAGCCAGUUUGAAAGGGAACCGGUGGACGUCCGAAGCAAUUAAUUAGGUACUUUCGUUCCGUUUCGUCUCGUCUCUCCUUCCCGAAUCUCGUUCGAAGGCUGCCGGCCCUGAUGACGAGAGAGGUAGACGACGCGAAUGCGCGAGAGAGAAACCCACCGAGAGAGGUGCGACGAUCCGAGAGGGAGAGACGAUCAGACGAGAUGAGACACGCGGACUAAAGGCGAUAGAACUAAAAAAAAGGUAACAGUGGACGGGGUUAUUUCCAUUAGCGUCGUCCACUUCGGGAUCCUAGCAUCCUCUGUCGCGACGUAUCAAUAAACCGAGUAGCUUGUCUCUCGAAUCUUUGCUCUCGAAUCUCUUCUGUUUUUUAACCGCUCGCUAAAGGAUCCGCGCUUCCAUGUUCGAUCUCUCGACGCGUGACUGCGAUAGAUACAUAAUACAUACACGCGUCGAUCUCACCGACGAUAGUGUCCGACCACGGUAACCAGUGGCCGCGAAUCGCCUAUGUCAAAUCCCGGAAUUCAAAUCGGAGAAUAAUCUCCCAACGAUGUACUUAUCUACACAAGAAUCAAGACAGAAAAGAAUUGGGUGUCUAAAUAGAUUUCGUGGCUGUUGUGACAAAAACAAAUUCUCCUAAUCCCAUGUAUACUGUCGUGUAAAGCUUUAGAAUAUUUGUGUACCUACGUACGUAUCGACGAUAGUGUCUAACCGCCGUGAUCAGUGGCUGCAAAUCGGUUCUGUCAAAUCUCGGACUCCAAAUCGGAGAAUGAUCUUCCAACAACGUACUUAUUUACAUCAGAAUCAAGACAGAAAAGAGUUUGCUAAAUCGAUUUUAUGGCUGCGACGAAUACUUCUAAUGUAGUAUUUAUAACUAGGUACACCUAAAAUUCUUUCAGUUCACUGUGACUCUGUCAUGAAUUCUAAUCCUAACGAAAAAUCCACUUCGGUUGUAGGCACGCGAAAUUUUUCUACGAAUCAGGAAGGCUUUUAUCACCGCGGGGAACGCGGCACGAACUGUGGCAGCGACGAUAUCAUCGCGUAAAUGCGCGUACAAGUGGGCUCGUCGAGACGUCAAGAGGCACGGGUGUAGUUAUCGCGGUUUGACGUGAAGCCUCGAUAAACCUGCUCGGUUUCGCGGUCGUAAAUCGCGUUCCAUCGGUGACGCGCCUCAUUGUCGCUGAUACAAUGCCAGUUACAAUCAGCGCUUGAUACGUGACUCGAGUACAACCUGGUUUGUUCCAAUCGACUCUUUUUAAAUUGCCUCAUAUCUCUUGAUUGGUAUACUGGAUGAACGUUAUUCAACGAUCGAGAUCCAUUAAAGCAAUUUGGAUGAAAAUAUCGUAAUUGCAUAAGAUGCAAUUAGAAUCUGAUUACACGACCAGACUAAUAGCACUUAUCAUGCAAUUUCUUUAGAACUUCUUUCAGUUAGAAAGAAUUUACAUAGAUUAUUUCUCAUUUACAAGAUUUUUUAUGAGAAUAAUAGACGCAGCGCGUCAGUUAGUCGUAGCUUACAUAAAUUGUUUGUAUAAAGGGUGGUAGGGAAAACCGGAUAGGAAAUUUCGGAAGUAUUAACGUGAAAUCGGAAAAUCGGCAAGGGGCGAUCGGUGUUCUGCUCGCGCACGCGAAAGCCGCUACGAACCUUUGGUCCCGCCUACACGGAUCUUAUUCGUGGUCGCGAUGGCCGCUAUCUCCGAUUCUACGCUCGGAGCGGAGUCGCGCCUCGAAGGUGGAGACGCGUCUGCGCUCUCUGUCUCGCUUGUUCUCCAUCCCCUUUCUCGCGUGCAUUCGCUAUUUCUCUUCCUCGUUCGUCGACGGCCCCCUAGGUCCGCGGUGUUCCCUCUGCGCCUCCCUCUCGCAACCCUUUCUCCUUCUCUCCCGUUGCCCUCCGCAAUCCCACCCGAAGCGGAGUCGAUCGAGCCGAUCUCCACUCGCGCGCGGCGCCAUGGCGAACUUCCAGUUUCCGUCCUCGUCGCACCGUCUUCAGGGUGUCCGGAUCACGGCCGCCGCGCCGCCAGUCUCGAAGGACUUCGCCUUAAACCGAGCUAACGCAAAAUAUUCGUUCGAACCUCCUUCGUUAAUUAACAAUCGGGUUUCUCUCAUUAAAAUACAGAUUUUUAUCACAUUUUCCUCUCCUCCUCAUCCUUAUUCGCCAAUAUCAAAUUUAUCGAUUAUGUUCUAACUUAGCGCAAGUAAUAUCUAAUCGAUUGUUGAAAAUUGCGUGGUCAUGUGAUUAGAAAAGAGACCGGAUUGAGAGUUCCCGUGAAAUUCGUGUUGUCUAUAGAACAGAUGCCGCGGUGCUAGCUCUCGGGGAUAAUGUUCCACGGGAGCGGAAGCGGUGGGUACGGCGGCAGCUCCGACUACCAGCAGCAGUCUCAGCAACAGCAGCAGCAACAGCAACACGGUCAACAUCUCCAAGCGCCGGUCUACGUGCCGUCUUCGAGACCGACCAUCCCGUCGGCGGCAACCGCUGCCGCGGCCGCAGCAGCCGCGCAGUAUCAUCCCUUCCCGGGGUCCGGGUCCCCUGCUUGGGAGAAAACCGCAGCGGCAGCUUCGUGGCAGCAUGGAGUGGAAACGUACGCGCACCACGCGCUCGGCCACGCGAGCGGAUCGGCGGCUGCGGCCGCGGCCGCGGCAGCAGCGAUGGGCCCUCAUUCCGGCCACGGUCACCCGCACGCGGCCCAUCCGCACACUGGCCACCCGCACUCCAGUCUAGCCGCGGCAGCACCCUUCUACGCUCAGAACGUCGCGAUGAUGUCCUCCUGGCGUGCUUAUGACGGAGCCGGAUUCCAACGGGCAUCCCCUUACGACACCGCGAUGGACUUCCAAUUCGGUGAGGGCCGCGAGUGCGUCAACUGCGGCGCUAUAUCGACACCGCUAUGGAGGAGAGACGGCACCGGGCAUUAUCUCUGCAACGCGUGCGGACUUUAUCACAAGAUGAACGGGAUGAACAGGCCGCUGAUCAAACCCUCGAAACGGCUGACGGCGACCAGGCGAUUGGGACUGUGCUGUACGAACUGCGGCACUCGAACUACCACUCUCUGGAGGCGCAACAACGAGGGCGAGCCGGUGUGCAAUGCUUGCGGUCUCUACUUCAAGCUUCACGGCGUGAACAGACCGUUGGCUAUGCGAAAGGACGGCAUUCAGACGCGGAAACGAAAACCGAAGAAGACACCCGAACCAAACGCAAGGCAGUCCACCGUGGACCACGAGACGGCCACCGUUUCUACCGCUUCUUCUCCGUCCACUGAAUUGGCUGGCAGCCAGCAACAGCAACAGCAACAGCAACAACAGCAGCAGCAGCAGCAGCAACAGCAGCUGCAUCAAAAUCAAAACGAGGCGGGGAAAUCAUCCGGCGCGUCGAGUUCGUCGGACAGACCGGUCUACCUUGGACACACUUCCCUAUUGGCAACCGGAAGCGUGGCCACCGUGAAAACGGAACCGCGAAGCUGCGAUGGAAUCGUCGGUCAACCCUAUUCCUCUUACUACCAACAUCCUCAUCAACUCGGUGUGGCGACCAGUGAGCAUCAGCAGCAGACGUAUUACGGGAGCCAGGAGGCACCCUAUCACCAUCAGCAUCACGUGACCGCAGCCGCGAAGCUGUUGGCUUCGACGUAAUUCGAUCUAGACGGGUCCUGGGAUCAAUGUUGAUGGCGAGUCUCGCGGUAACGGCUGCCAUAUUGCAAGAAAUUGAGCAAAUUGAUGGUGAUGCACGGAAGACGAUAGAAGAUUGGUCGACUACUUGCCGCACCAUGUUAUGUUGUCACCAGAAUAGAUCGAGGAAGGAUCUUUGAAGGGGUCUGAGUAAAACGGGAUGGAACCCGGUCAUUCGAUUUUGUGAAAGAUAGUGAGAGAAGAAUUAGAAAAUGUAACAUUGUUCUUGUGUGCGCGCUGGUUUACACGUAAUAAUCGAUCUCAAUUCGGUUGUUCACGAACAAAAGAGUACUCGAUUGUAAAUAAUAAAGGAGUUCGCGGCUCGAAAACGAGGGUUGACUGCCCUAUUGACUCGCACGUUGAAAAUCCAAGACGCGCGAACUAUGGACUCGCUUCGAUGAAAUGUGUCAGCUUUUCCUGUACAGUUCCUGUAUAAUUAGUUUAUUCGACGCGCAAUAAAGCUUUCGAUCUUGUCC